AUAUAGUAUAUACUCAAUUUUAUGUUCAAAAAGUACAAUACGGAGUGGCUUAAAAAUAUGGUGAAGUCAAUAAAUUCGAAUCAAUAAUAAACAAAACAACAUAGUAACCAAAUACCUAUUUGUAUGAAAAACAAUUUCAUGUUAAAUUAAUUAUCACAAUAAUCAAUUGAAUAGACUGAAGACGUACCAGUUAACAAAAGGAUCCGAAAUCUUACUUGUACAUGUCUGUGCCAUGUCGUUCGCUGUAAGGGGCAGUUUGAAGGAACACAAGCGAGUGCACACCGGUGAAAAACCAUACGCAUGCGAUGUAUGCGACAAAUCAUUCAGCCAAAGCAGCAAUUUGACGGGGCAUCGACGCACACACACUGGAGAAAAACCAUACGCGUGCGAUGUAUGCGACAAGUCUUUCGGCCAACCUAACAAUUUGACGACACAUCGACGAACGCACACUGGAGGAAAACCAUUCGCGUGCGAUGUAUGCGACAAGUCAUUUAGUGAAAACGGCAGUUUGACGGUACACAAGCGAAUGCACACUGGAGAAAAACCAUACGCGUGCGACGUAUGCGACAAGUCGUUCUCUGUAAGUGACAGUUUGACGAUACACCGACGCACUCACACCGGUGAAAAACCAUACGCGUGCGAUGUAUGCGACAAGUCAUUUAGUGAAAACGGCAAUUUGACGAAACACAAACGAAUCCAUACCGGCGAAAAACCAUACGCAUGCGAUGUAUGUGACAAGUCUUUCAGCCUAAGUCACCAUUUGAUGACACAUCGACGAACGCACACUGGUGAAAAACCGUACGCAUGUGAUGUAUGCGACAAGUCAUUCAGUGAAAGUGGCAGUUUGACGAAGCACCAACGCACGCACACUGGUGAAAAACCGUACGCAUGCGAUGUAUGCGACAAGUCGUUCUCUAUAAGUAGCGGUUUGACGACACAUAAGCGAAUCCACACCGGUGAAAAACCAUACGCAUGCGAUGUAUGCGACAAGUCUUUCAGCCAACCUAACAAUUUGACGACACAUCGACGAACGCACACUGGAGAAAAACCAUUCGCGUGCGAUGUAUGCGACAAGUCAUUUAGUGAAAACGGCAGUUUGACGGUACACAAGCGAAUGCACACUGGAGAAAAACCAUACGCUUGCGACGUAUGCGACAUGUCGUUCAGUGAAAGUGGCAGUUUUACGAAGCACCAACGCACGCACACUGGUGAACAACCGUACGCAUGUGAUGUAUGCGACAAAUCAUUCAGCCAAAGCAGCAAUUUGACGACACAUAAGCGAAUCCACACCGGUGAAAAACCAUACGCAUGCGAUGUAUGCGACAAAUCAUUCAGCCAAAGCAGCAAUCUGACGAGGCAUCGACGCACACACACUGGAGAAAAAUUGUACGCGUGUGAUGUACCUAUGUAACAAAACGAUCCUACAGGGUUCCUACUGGGAAUGUCCAAUUUUAAUGGUGCUCAAUACGACGUAGAUGGCACAAUGAUUGGAUGUAUCAAAGAUGUAUGACCCAAGGACCAUAUUAACAUAGGAUAUAUUUUAUUUAUUUACGUAUUAUAAUGUUAGCACUUUCGAAGUGUUAAUUUAGUCAUAUUUAUAGACGUUUCUUAAUACUAAAUUGAUAAUUUUUCAU